CAGCAACGUGAAUAACACGGAAACAAGUCAUCAUGUUGCUACGGCGUAGAACCAUAGAAUAUACCAAUAAUUAUCAGAUAAUUUCCUCAUUAAUAAUAUCUAAUCGCAUUAAUGCUAUUAGGAAACAAUAUGAUGCUUUUCUCGAAGAGGACAAGAAACGAAAAGAGAGAAAUGAAUAUAUUCUUGGAAAAUUGGAUAAUAUGCGAUAUCGUACGGCGAUGGUACAGCUUCGUCCUAAAUCUGCUAUAGACUCAAACAGGGAAAUCUAUGUUAAACCAUCAAAACAAAUGAAACAAUCUCCUAUAAAUCGAGAUUGCCUACCAUUAAAUAUACCCAAAACUGAUCUCAUUGAAAAAACAUUACUUCAAGAAAUUAGCAAAAAAUAUAUAUUGAUUCCAAAGAACACACCCAGCUUUGACAGUGAUUACAUUCAAGUUACAAAAUUGUGUGCCGAGGAUGAUUGGAAAAGUAAAUAUGAUAUUUUAGACCAACUAAAAAACGACGAAAAGGAAUCAAAAACAUCUUCACCCAAAGGAGAGAAUUAUCAGUCGCCAAAUAAUAUUGUUCAAGAAAACACUCCAUAUGAUUUUACCGAUCUAAAUCAUGAAAUGAACAAUUCAAAAUAUAAACAAGAGCCAGAAAAAGAUUGGAACAAUACGCCUGAUUUACAUCGAGACGGGUCAAUAAAUUUCAGCGAAUAUAAGCAUGAUAAACAGAAUAUUACAACAAUAGUUAGCCAUCGUGCCAAAAAAAAUCUAAUAAAAGAAACCAAGAACAAACCUAAUGAAGAAAUUAAUGAAAUAAAAUCAGAUCAGAUACCCCUUAAGGAAGAUCAUAAUGAAGUAUCAUAUAAAAGAAAUACAGAAAUACAUCCUUCGUUGAUCGCUAACCUUGACAAUAACGAAGAAAGGCGUUUGGAAAGGGAUGAUGAAUAUAAAAACACAAAUUUAAAGAGUAACUACCCCACACAAGUGGAGAACUUAGUAUACGAACAAUAUUCACCAACGCAAGAAAUGAUUUCUAAGUCUGAUGCAGAAAAUGUUAUAAAUUCAAAUAAGGGUGACGCAGAGUUACUAAUUAUAAAUAAUGAUGACUCAAUAAACAAGACCAGCAAUGAUAGUUUCGUGCUCGAUCAUGAUAAAGUACAAGGAGUUACUGAGUACCCAACUGAAGUCAUGAACGUUCAAGACUUUACACCCAACAGCGAUGUAGUAUUACAAGAUGGAAUAACUAUAAAUCCACAAGAAAAUAAUGAUACUAUAAAUACAAUUAAUUACGAUCCAUCAUAUCAAUACGAUUCUAAUUCAGGAACAAUUGCCGAGAAUAUGAAGAAUCCUGUUGACUCAUCGGGUAUUGAAGCUUUUGACGCAGAACAAAAAGAAUCGUUCUAUACAGAACAGUCGCAUGAAAAUUAUGUCUAUAACCUAAACGACGAGGCUAAUGUAUAUCAUCAAAAUUAUAUACCGCAAACUGAAAAUUAUCAAGAACAUCAGGAUAAUGUUUACUAUGAAGGUUCUGAACAAGUACAUUCUACUGAAGGUGCUGAUCAAGUAUAUUCUACUGAAGGUGCCGAUCAAGUAUAUUCCGCUGAAGGUGCUGAUCAAGUAUAUGCUGCUGAAGGAACUGAACAAGUAUAUUCUACUGAAGUGAACGAGCGUGAAGAGACCUCUCAACAGUAUGAUCCAAAUUAUGAACAGCAAUAUGGGGCUUAUGAAGCAACACAAGAAGAACAAGGAUACGAACAACAGUAUGUUGAACCACAGGAGUACGUUGCACAAGAAUACGAAAAUAUGCCACAAGAAUAUUAUCAGCAACAAUUUGAAGAACAACAUAAUGAAACUCAAGAGGCAAUAGAACAGCAAUUGGACAAUGAACAAGAGUUUGUAGAAAAACAAAAUGAGUAUGUUGAAAUAAGCAAUAUUGAAAAACCUGAAGACCCGUAAGUCAAUCAUUUAUCUGAAAUAAACUAAUUAUUUUUAUCAAAAUAAAUUCCACAGUAAAUAUUUGUAAAGCGGGUGAAUCAACCAAGUAAUAAUAAUUAUAUACGCUGUUAUACAUACAAUCACGCAAAGAAUAUUAAUUAUAACAGCUUAGUAAUACAAAGCAUUUAACCUAACCUAAUCCAGAUGGAUUACUUUCACUUUUUUCAUAUUCCAAUGUCCAUGAUUAUUUAUUCUACAGUGUUUUAUAUGGUACACGUUAUGGCAGAAUAAAUAACAAUUACUUGAUUUUUACCUACGAACCGAUUCGUUUAAGUUUCUAUUUGUUUCUAAUUCUGGUAGACAAAAAUAUGUACCUAAUUAUGCUAAUGAUAAUUCCACCCGGAA